AUGUCAACGUUCCUCGUAAUCUGCGUCUGGAUUGAAUUGUGCUGCAAUUUCGCUGGCGUUAAUUGCAACAUCAUUAAUUUUAGUACAAAUGCAUUACCAGCGACGAACGCAAUCAGAACCACCAAAGAAGAGUAUUUAAAAAGUCUGCAACAAGUAUUUAAGUCCACAUUAGUGCCCAAUAGUUUUAAAAAUGGUUCCAGUAUUGAUAAGUUUAACAUAAGUGAGACAGAGUUUACCACAAAGUAUCGAGAAUACUUAGAACUGGUUGAACAUAGACGCCAAAAAGAUGCCCUAUUGCUGAGUCAAGUGAAAGCCAGCAACAAUAACAACUUGCCCAAAUCCCGUCGACGUCGCGCCAUCGACAACAACGACCUGAUUUACAUGCAUUUCGACCUCUCGCCAAGUGUGAUAAACGACACAAGUACAACCAUCGACGAGGCCAGUCUCAUCAUCAGUCUAGCGAAAAAUCGUCAUCGCAACGAGCCACCGUACGGUUCAAAGGCACGCGGUCAAAGUGUUCCUCGUCGCAAUCGUCGACGCCAAAUAAAAAUCCACGUUUACCAAUUAUCCGAGAAAUUCGAUCGAAUUUGGCUGCACACCGUCAACUUAACGACACACAAAUUCCCGAAUCAUCGCAAAGUCCGUUUGAACGUUCAGCAAGCCGUGGAAUCGUGGAUGCUGGAUAACGCUUCGAACGAGGGCUUGCAACUUUAUUGCGAAGGAUGUCACUCGCACGGAAUUUACGUCGUGCAUGAAAACGGAAUGAAUAAUGUGCCAGGAAGCGCUUUUCCAACGCUGCAAUUGACGCUGAAGGGACGCCAGCGAGAAAAACGUUGGCAGAGAUCGUUCAAACCCGUCGUGCAGGACUAUUUUUCGCGGAAGCACAGCAAAUGUUCGAAGAAAAGCGGAAAAUGCUGCCGGAAGGAACUGAAAGUGCAAUUUCAGGAAAUUUCGGGAUUGGAUUUCGUGAUACAGCCGAAGAUGUUUGAUGCGGGAUAUUGCGAUGGAAGUUGUCCAACCGCCUACAAUCCCGCCAGUGAACACGCAGUGUUACAAGCCCGCCUCGCCGACACCGGAAAAUACAAUAUUCCGAGACCGUGUUGCGCGCCCGCCAUUCUCUCCGACGUCGAUGUGCUGCAUGUCGACGAAGAUGACGACACAAAAUUGAAAGUUACCACUUUUAAGAACAUGCGAGUGCUGCAAUGUGCCUGUUCAUAGCUUGCGCUUGAAUUUUCACUUUCGUUAGUAAGAGGAUGAAGAAGACUCAUAGAAAUUAGAUUUUUAUUUUUACAAAAGUAUUUUGCCGCAGACUCAUUAGUUGAUAAGACUUUGUACUUAAUUUUUAAGCUUUAUUUAUGUCCGUAGCUGUAAGUUUUGCCGUACAAAUGUUUAAUUUUUAACGCCAGUAAACGAGGGAGUUCAUUACCAGGAAAUUUAAUUUUAACGAAGAGAUUUUAUAUUUUUUUUUAGUAAAUAUUUAUUGACAUGCGGAACCAGUAACUGAAAUAAAAAGCGCCGAAAGUGGCGUCAAGAUGCAAUUUUUUA